AUCACGAUCUUUCUUUAUUUAUGUUUAAUUGCGAGCUAAGAUGCAUUUGAAAUUGAUGUAGUGUCGGAUUAUUAUCAGAUUAUAUAUCAUUACAUAUAAACAUUAAGUGAUUAUAUCACAAAUCAUAAAAAAUGGAUUAAAUUUCAUAAAUAGGCAAACCGGACAAUCUUUGUGCACAAGCGAUAUCUUAUGGGGGAAAAUAUCACAAAAUGAUGGCUAGAAUAGCAAGAUGUCUACAUUUAUUAAUAGUGGUAAUAUUCACGACAAUGAAUUUCAGUCAAAAAUAUAGCGUGGCAUUUUUUACAUUUGAACAAGAAACUGAUAUAACCGACUUUAUAAGUAAUGUUAUGGGUUGCCGAGACAAUCCUGGUUUGACACUGGCAGUGGUCAAAAACGGCGAGAUGUGGACAAAAGGUUUCGGGCUGGCCAACCUAGAUACCAAUCGUCACGUGACAAUCAGCACACUGUUCGGCAUAGGAUCCCUAACGAAAGCUUUCACCGCAGUGUUGCUUGGCAACAUCCUACGGGAUACAAAUUACACGUUUGAAACUCGGCUUGUGGACAUUCCGGGUGUUGACGUGAACUUUAUGAACUCCUCCAUGACGGAAGUGGCGACUUUGGCCGACCUGCUAGAUCAUGGCAUGGGGCUCUCGAGCAUCACGGACUAUGGUUUCAUUGCUGGUUACCCACCCCAGGCCGAUCGGAAAUUCAUAACAGGGAAAACCAAGUACGUCCCGGAGAUGCAGACCCCGCGCACCACCAUGCUGUAUAGCAACAUGAUGUACAUGGUACUGGGUCAUGUGAUCGAGGUGUUGGGCGGUGACACAUGGGAAAACCUAAUGAGUAUCCGGGUCUUCAAGCCUCUUCGCAUGACGUCAGCGCGCAUCAUAAAGGCACCGGAAGAUGUACUCAGAGAGGAUGUUGCGAAUCCGUACAUUUUAAAGGAUGGACAAUUUUUCAAUAGUGACCCGGGCGUCUAUGUAAUGGCACCCCUGGAGCCCGCUGGUUGCGUGUUCGCCACGGGCCCUGAUAUGGCGCUCUGGAUGGACUUUAUGCUUAACAACGGGACCACGUCUGAAGGUGUCACGCUGCUACGGGAAGAGGAUUUACUCGCCAUUAGACAGAAACAUAUCAACUUGUCUUUGUCGACAACACUGUUGAACCUGGUGCCACCGAGGUUUCCCGUGACGGACGAACGCGACGGGUAUGGGUUUGCAUGGUUCACCGGUCAUUACAGAGGACACAAGCGUGUAUCUCACAGCGGUGGCUACUUUUCAUACAUUUCCUUAGAGUGGCUGUUUCCAGAUGAGAAGUUUGGGGUAUUCGCGAGUGUUAACGGCCCGGGCCUGCCCUCAGUAUCCAGUCAGGGCUUACAGGCCAUUCUGUCCUACGUCACCGACCUGGCUCUCGAUAUUGCCCCCUGGCUGAACCUUACAACUGGCUGCACGUUUCCGGCACCUUGGAGGAAGCCUUUUUCAUUUCACAUUGACCCACCCGAAAUAUUAACAAACGACAAUAUAGAGGAUUUUACUGGGAUGUACGGAAAUGCGUUGUUACCAGACAUUACAAUACAUGUGAACACCUCGCACGACAAAAGACAAAUUCUUUGGCUUGAGAUGAACAAACUACAGGGCGAACUGUUCCCUACAACGUCUAACGAUUCCUUCACCUUCAAGAUGGUGCUUCCUUGGGAAUAUGCCAUAGAGAGGGUAUUAAAUGAGAAUUUUACCAUCCAGUAUCCGACCGAUUUUUUCCGCGACCCUAUCAAAGGCCAGGUGCUAGGGUUCAAUAUCACCUUGUCUGGGAAGAACGACGUGAUGACGUACAGAAAGUGUGCUCGAUUUUUGAAUGAGAACGCUUGUGAAGAAACCCCAGAUCCAAUAUCAGGAUGCGACUGCUCGACAAAGUGUUGUUUCUGGUUUGUCUUACGAAGUGUAUUGGUGGCACUUCUUAUGUUUUAGCAACAAAUAGUACUUUUAUUAUGACUUGGAUACAUAUUACAUAAUUAGUAAUGCAUAUUCCAUUACCUACGUAUGCAAGAGAUCACUAAACAUGCACGUCCGUGUAAUAAGCAGAUAUUUCGGUCUUCUCGUGAAAGAAUGUGGGGUUUUCAAUUAUUCUUGAACAAUAGUUACAAACUCUUUGUAUACAAAUAUUCAUAUAUUAAAGAUGUAAAAUAAUAUAUUGUAGUCUUUUAUGGUUCUAACUCUUCUGUUUAUUAAAUUCAUCUAUAUUUACAUGUAUGCCAUACAUUUAGUCACGCAGUAACUUUAAAGAUAACCUUAAUAUUAUUUUAUUUUAUGUUUAUCGGUGGAUUAUAAAAUUGACCAAAAUUGAUAUCUUACUACUUAAAAAUGGUUUGAAAUCACUCUCUGUUCAGAAACUAUGUCUAAAUCCAAAUUAAAUGUCAGCGUGUACAUAAUCUGGGCAAAAUAUCGAAGACUUCAUUUCCUGAAUGAUUGACGUCAUCAAUAAUUAAGCGCGUGAUUCCAAUUGAAUACCUAAAAAUAUGAAAAAAACAUCAAUUUGAUCACAUUUCGUGAACAACUGACCACAUUUUAACUCAUUGCAGCGGCACUUGACAGUUAUAGUUCCAGUGCCACUUUCGACACUAUUACCGUCGGUGCUCAAAAUUAUCCUCUAUAUUUUGAUAUCAUUUAGAAUACACAGUCUCAUCUUUAAACCUGCUAAACUUGAAACUCUUAAUGUUCGGCCUUUAGAUAAUUGAUACAUGUAAAAGAAUACAUCGGAUGCUCACAAAUGAAAUUCGUGUUCGUUUCUAUGGCUACUGAACAGUUUGUCGCACUCGCCUGCACUCACUAAUAAGUCAUGUUUAGCUUUACUGAUUUAUUUGCAUUCUCCAAUAAUCACUUAGCACAUGGAAUGCCUGUCAAUGAAAGUAAUAAAUUUACAUUUGCUGCAUAAAAAGAAAUUCUAUGUGAUGCUAAUGUCUCUGACUCUACAUCAGGGUUUCAUAGCCGCUUUUAGGUAACAAGCUUCACGAAACAUGUCCUUUGUUAUUUCCAACAUGCAUGAAGGUUACGAAGCUGGCCGAGCACCGAGGAUCGGAUUUUGUAAUAAGACCGAAAGCACAUGAUUAAUCUAUUUUGCUUUGACUGGUUUUAUGCUUUAAGUGUAUGUUAUGUAUUUUCAUAUUCAAAUAUAUAAUGUUACGUCAACCUCUAUUCACAUGUAUAAUGUGUUGA